GUGUUAGCUAGCUAUAUCGCCCGAUAGUAAAUAACCCAAUUCGAAUUGCUAGCUAGGUAUAUCGGGUAGUAUAUUGAGUUAGCUAGCUAGAUCGCCCGAUAGUCGAUAUUUUUUUUCUCCUUGGGUUCUUAAUACGGCUCAGGAGCUCAUUAUCCAGGCAAAAAUUACCUACAGGAAAACCUAGAUACAUUUAGUCGUCUGCAAUCGGGCGGCACAGGACUAGUUGUCAUCUAGAUUACUGCUUAAAAAAAGGACUUUUAACUAGAUACGUAUGCGUGUUACCUUUUAUUAUUACCUUUUAUUGAGUAUACCGAUGUCACCUUUUUCUGCUGGUUUAUGUCACUUUGUUCGCAUGGCGUCACAAUAGUUGUUACAUGAAAAACGAUGCUUGUUCAGUAAUUUUACUGGUGUUUUGUGAAAAAAUUUGGUUUGUUAUCGAGCAGGAUGUUUUGAGUUCUAAAAAGAAUUUAGUCCCUAGCUUUGAAUAAAAAACUAAACUGAAAUGUUUUGAAUAAAAGGAAUUUUUCGUUGUAAAUAAACAAUAUAAUUUUUCUAUGCGGUGAUCCGAUGGUCACCAGAAAACUACGGUUCAAUUUGAUCCGCACAUUUUCAGCCAUAAACCCUGCAUCUAAUCAAGGAAUGAAGCGCAUCUAUCGAAAAAGAAUUUUUCUAGACACUUUUUUUAUGAAAAAAUGCGUUCAUAAAAGAAUAUUCAUCAGACCGCAAAUGCCGAACUAUUUGCCUCACUGGAUUUUCGAAGAAAGUAUUUCCAUUUCAACGACAUCAUUUCAGUUCGAUGCAAUUUUCGAUUUAUGUAUCCGAAUAAAAAACAAUCUUCUCAUCAAUCCAAUUAUGUGAUUAUGAAGAAAUUUUAUUUUUUAACCGAUUCUUUAUUUUUCGAAAAAUUAAAAUGAUUUAUUUCGUUCUUCAUAGAAGUAUAAAGAAUGAAAUACAUUGUCCGUCACAUGCUAUUUCGUAUCUUCAAAAGCAAAUAUAACUUACUUUUAUAAGUUAAAAAAUUUAUCAUUUGUGUUUGUUAAAAAAGACAUGAAUCAGGAUGAUAUUUUGUUUUUUCUUGUGUAAAUAAAGUGACAAUAAGAAAAUAAGAAAACUUGUUCGUUCUAUUAGUGUAAUGACAAUUUUUAAACUAAAAGGUAUUAUAGAAUCAAACGGUGAAUAUACUCGAAGGUAAACUGUUAUUAUUUGAUAAAAAGAUGAAAUCGAUAUUAUUAGUUGUUCUAUUAUUUGUCGUAACUGUAUUUGGUUUACCAACCACAUUAUUAUCAGCAUCACUUGAUCAACCAUGGAAUUUGUUUAAACAACUGUAUGGAAAAGUUUAUACAUCAACAGAAGAAGAAACAGAUCGACGUAAAAUAUGGGAAAAAAACUUAGAAAAAAUUCGUAAACACAAUUUAGAAGCCGAUCUUGAUUUAUAUUCUUAUAAAAUGGGAGUGAAUAAGUUUACUGAUUGGACACAUGAUGAAGUUGUUCGAAAAAUGAUCGGUGGUUUUCGACCUGAACUUCGAACCACAAGUAAUAAUAAUCAUGAUCAUCAUACAUUUCUUCCACCAUCAGAUAUUAGAAUACCAGCAGAGGUUGAUUGGAGAAAAGAAGGUUAUGUAACUGAAGUGAAAGAUGAACUACAAUGUGGCUCGUGCUGGGCAAUGACAGCAACGGGUGCUUUAGAAGGGCAACAUUUCAAAAAAUAUAAAAAACUCAUAUCAUUAUCGGAGCAAAAUUUAAUUGACUGUUCUGGAGCACAAGGAAAUCAAGGUUGUAAUGGAGGAUUAAUGGAUCAAGCGUUUGAAUAUAUUCGAAUUAAUAAAGGGAUUGAUACAGAAAAAAGUUAUCCAUAUGAAGGUAAAGAUGGCAAAUGUCGCUUUAAACGGGAAAAUGUUGGUGCUAAUGAUACAGGUUAUGUUGAUAUCAAACAAGGAAGCGAAAGUGAUUUACAAAUUGCCAUUGCAACAAUAGGACCAAUCUCAGUUGCAAUGGAUGCAAGUCAUCCAUCAUUUAUAAAUUAUAAAUCAGGUGUUUUAGAUGAGCCUGAUUGUUCAUCUGAAAAUUUAGGUCAUUCAGCUGUUAUUGUUGGCUAUGGUACAACAGAUAAAAAAAAGGAUUAUUAUAUUGUUAAAAAUUCAUGGGGAACCGCAUGGGGUAACGAAGGCUAUAUUUUGAUGAGUCGUAAUAAAAAUAAUCAAUGUGGAAUUGCAACAAUGUCAUCAUAUCCGUUAGUCUGA